GUAAUUACCCUUGUUAUGAAUAUCCACGUCAGCAAAAAAAUAUUAUUUUAUAGCCCGACAAAGUCCAAGUAUUAUUGGGCCUUCAGAUUAUUAGGCCCAUAUAAAAUGGUGGGCCCGAUCUACAGAAAAUUUCAAGCUUCUGUCAAAUUUUUUUUUAAUUUUUUUUUUCAGUUGAAGGAAGCGAACAGUAAAUAUUCUCUCUCAAUCUCUCUCUCUCUCUCUCUCUCUCUAAUGGCAGUGUGAUGGAAAUGAAAUGAUGCUGGUUCACCUUCACCCCUGGAUUUCAAUAUAAUUACCGAAUCAACCCUAGAUCUCGUCGCCAAGCCGUUAAUUCUGUCAGCUCGUGAUCUAUGAGCUCCGUGUUCAAUUGAAUCGGAGUGAAUUUGACAAUCAAUUACUUCACAGAGGGGGGGAAAUGGCGGGAGCAGCGUCGGCGCUGUUCCUACUGGAUAUUAAGGGUAAGGUUCUGGUGUGGCGAGAUUACCGUGGGGACGUCUCCUCCGCACAAGCCGAACGCUUCUUCACCAAACUCAUCGAGAAAGAUGGUGAUCCCGAGACUCAAGAUCCUGUUGUAUAUGACAAUGGUGUCACGUAUAUGUUUAUACAACACAACAAUGUGUAUCUCAUGACUGCGUCGCGGCAGAACUGCAAUGCUGCUAGCCUUCUUUUAUUCCUACACCGAGUAGUUGAUGUGUUUAAACAUUACUUUGAAGAGCUAGAAGAGGAAUCACUCAGAGAUAAUUUUGUCGUAGUGUACGAGUUACUCGACGAAAUUAUGGACUUUGGCUAUCCACAAUUUACUGAAGCAAAGAUUCUUAGUGAGUUCAUAAAGACUGAUGCUUACAGAAUGGAAGUGACACAGAGGCCUCCAAUGGCUGUUACAAAUGCAGUGUCAUGGCGCAGCGAAGGGAUACGUUACAAAAAGAAUGAAGUGUUUCUCGAUGUUGUUGAGAGUGUAAAUAUACUAGUCAAUAGUAAUGGCCAAAUAAUUAGGUCAGACGUUGUUGGGGCUCUAAAGAUGCGGACAUACUUGAGUGGUAUGCCGGAGUGCAAGCUGGGGCUUAAUGAUAGAGUUUUGCUCGAGGCACAAGGGCGAGCUACUAAAGGAAAAUCCAUCGAUCUAGAUGAUAUCAAGUUUCAUCAGUGUGUCCGAUUGGCUCGAUUUGAAAAUGACAGAACAAUAUCCUUCGUACCCCCUGAUGGAUCUUUUGAUCUCAUGACUUACAGACUCAGCACUCAGGUAAAGCCUCUAAUAUGGGUGGAAGCUCAGGUAGAAAGGCAUUCUAAAAGCCGCAUAGAAAUUACAGUAAAAGCUAGGAGCCAGUUCAAGGAACGUAGCACUGCAACUAAUGUCGAAAUCGAGUUGCCCGUGCCAGCCGAUGCUACCAAUCCAAAUGUCCGUACAUCAAUGGGGUCGGCUGCCUAUGCUCCAGAAUCCGAUUCAUUAGUUUGGAAAAUAAAAUCUUUUCCAGGUGGCAAGGAAUAUAUGCUAAGAGCAGAGUUCCGGCUUCCCAGUAUAACAUCGGAGGAAUCAACUCCGGAGAGAAAGGCUCCAAUAAGAGUGAAGUUCGAAAUACCGUAUUUCACUGUUUCAGGAAUACAGGUUCGUUACUUGAAAAUCAUCGAAAAGAGUGGGUAUCAAGCUCUUCCAUGGGUGAGAUAUAUAACAAUGGCCGGUGAAUAUGAGUUAAGACUUAUUUGAUUUUCGCUGCUUUAAACCACAAACUCAGAUUAACACCGAUGUGCCGUAUUCUAGAACAAAUCAUUCUCAUCUCAGACUCGAUGCUUUUGUCGUUUGUAUCAUUGGUAUUUGUAAUAGUUUUUAAUCAUACAAUAUUCAUUUGCUUACCUUGUUUUUUUUUUUUUUUUUUUUUUUUUUUUUUUUAAAGAAAAUGCAAGUUUUUUAUUGAGUGUUUGCGCAUGUAUGUAGAGGACAAAAACUAAUGUCAGUUGAUUUUUUUAAUUUA